AAAAGAUGACUGGAAGACAAGAAACCAUCAACCUCGAUACGCUAGAGCCCCAGCAGCUUGCCCAAGUCAAGAAGCAGCUUGAUGAAGAGCUCGAGCACUUGACGACGUCGUUCGCACAACUCCAUGCCGCCCAGAACAAGUUUAAAGACUGCCUCCAAUGCGUGAAAAGCCGCGCUGCCGCUCCCGAAGGAUCCAACUCUGUACUGGUUCCUCUCACCAACUCACUCUACGUUCGUGGUGAGCUCACAGAUGCCGAUACUGUAUUGGUGGAUGUAGGCACUGGAUUCUUGGUUGAAAAGAAACUCAAGUCGGCCGAAAAGUUCUACGAGAGCAAGGUUGAGGAGCUGGGAAAUAACCUGAAAGAUCUCGAGGUUAUUGUCCAACGGAAGCAGACAAAUGCACGAACGAUUGAAGAAGUUUUGAGACAAAAGAUCAUGGCUGGCCAAGGGCAAGGCGAUCAACAGGCCUGA